CACCGGCACCGGCCGCGGGCCCGGCCCAGCAUGGACACAUAGCCGCGGCGCCACGCGGGAAGAUGCGCAGUCGUGCCCGCGGCCUGGGCAGGGUGAUGGUGUGCCUCGCCGCGGCCCUCGCCUCCGCCUGCCUCGCUGUGCCCGAGGGCUGGGGAGAGGAAGGUGUGCAGUACGGCCAGCUGGGGACAGACGUGACCCUGCCGUGCGCCGGCGCCCGUCCCGGCUCGCCGGUGCAGUGGCGGCGCGCCGGGGCGGCGGCGCUGCCGGCGGGCUCCGCGGUGCGGCACCACGGCGCCCUGCUGCUGCCGCGCGCCGGCCUCGCCGCCGCCGGCGCCUACAGCUGCCACGGCGAGGACGGCGCCCUGCUGCACGCCGUGGCCCUGCGCCUGGGCCACCUGCCCGGGGUGCCCUUUGUGUCCUGCAGAGCUUCCGACUAUGAGAACUUCUCCUGCUCCUGGACCUCCAGCCUCGAGACCUUCCUCCCCACCAGAUACAUCACCACCUAUAGGAAGAAGUCGCUGACAGGAGAAGAGAAGCGGAGGAACAGGAACGGGCCCGUGGGGCCGUGCCUGCAGGAUCCAGCCCACGCCGGCACCUGCACCGUUCACAAGUCCGAGUUCUGGAGCUCCUACCGCAUGAAUGUCACCGAGGUGAACCCGCUGGGCUCCAGCUUUCGCCUCCUCGACAUCACCAUGCAGGCCAUCAUCAAGCCAGACCCUCCAGAAGGCCUUGUGGUGGAGCCCGUGCCGCGGGCACCACGGCGGCUCCAGGUGAGCUGGAGGUACCCCGCGUCCUGGCCCAAGGAGCCCCACUUCCAGCUCAAGUUUCGGCUCCAGUACCGGCCGGUCAUCCACCGCUCCUGGUCCGUGGUGGAGACGGUGAACCUCUCCGAGGUGAUCACAGAUGCCUUCGCAGGGUUGGAGCACGUGGUCCAGGUCAGCGCCAAGGAUUUCCUGGAUGCAGGAAACUGGAGCGAGUGGAGCGCGGAGGUGCGGGCGACGCCAGUCAGAGACCCUGCCACCGUGGUGAGUGAAGAAACCACUACAGACACCAGCCUGGAGAGCCUGGCUGAGGAGCCCUCGCAGGCUCCCAAUCCUGAGCCCAUCAAUCGCAGCGACCCCCUGGAGAAGACGGCCAUCCUGGUCUCCCUCAGUAUCUUUGCCUUCUUCAUCCUGGCUACCAUUCUGGUCAUCACCAUCCUCGUCUGGUUCCGAAUGAGGAAACACAGCAAGGACGAGACCAAACCCCACAACUUCUUGGUUGCUGCCACCCGCUUGAAGGCUCUGCCGAAGGCUCAGAUCCUGUAAUGAGGCCUGGUCUCCCCCAGCUGAGCACCUGCUCACCCGCAUACGGGACUCGACACCACUGUUGGCCCCAGCAGGGCUUCCCGCCGCCCGGAGCAGGGCCUGGCUUUGGACAUUGCCUGCAGCCCAGCACCGUUGGGGCGCAGGAUGGACCCCAGGGAGCGGGGCUGUGCUCUGAGGGCUGCCCGUGCUCCCGGGCACCGGCCGGACGCACCGUGGACUCAGCGUGGACAGUCCCCGUGGCUGGGCGCUGCGGUACAACACG